GUGACCUUUAUUUUGUUAUUUUAAGAUGUGAUGGGCAACGACGAGAGCAGAAGACGAAACCCCGAUGGCGCUGCGCAUCACCGCAGGUUCAGCCAUGGACUCAUCUCAAACUUCGGAGCGUCAGUGGUGCACAGACUCAGCCGGCGCGGGCCAUUCUCCCAGACAGUCCAGCUGCCCGUCACAAAUACGUCCUCCUCCACACACGAAGACAACAACCCGCAAUCCUCCGUUUCUCCUUUUCUACCGGAGUUUCCACUUCGAAAAUUCCCCGGAAAAAAUCAAUUCCAGGUCCUUGGAUUUAUUGCCAAAGGAUCAUUUGGGCCUAUAUUAAAAAUAAAAGAUGUUUCAAUAGACAAGAUCUUUGCCAUUAAGGUUUCACCAAAGACUGCAAUAUUAAACCAUGGAGCAUUGGAUCAGUCAAAAGAUGAGGUAAUCAUUCAGCGGCAGCUCAAACACCCAUUCAUCCACAACCUUCAGGACUGCUGGCAGACACAGCACCAUCUCUUCAUUAUGUGUGAUUACUGUGGUAUGGGAGACCUGUACACCUGCUGGUUACUACAAGACAGGUUUGAAGAGGAAGACAUCCGGCUCUUUGCUGCAGAGAUGGCCAGUGCACUGGGAUUCUUAAAUGACUUGGGCAUCAUGCACAGAGACAUAAAGAUGGACAACAUCCUCUUGAGUGACCGUGGUCAUCUUCGCCUGUCUGAUUUUGGACUGUCACGUCGUUUGAAGCGUGGAGGAAGAACAUUUACUAUAUGUGGAACUAUCCAGUAUAUGGCCCCAGAAGUUCUAGGAGGAGGUCCGUACAACCACGCUGCCGACUGGUGGUCACUGGGUGUUAUGCUCUAUUGCCUGGCAACAGGUGAGUUUCCAGUACCUCCAGAGUCAGGCCACAUCGCCAUGUUGAACAAGGUCAGACAGUGCCCUUAUGUCAUCCCCAGUACAUGCAGUACUGCACUUACUAUACUACUCACUGAGCUUCUGUCCAAAAACCCUGUCAACCGCCUGCGUAAUCUGGACUGUUUCCAAAUGCAGGCUUUCUUUAGGGGGACUUCGUUUGACUCUGAAAUUCUGCAGAAGACUCCAAAUGAGGUCAUCCUUAAACUCAGGACUCACCCAGACUGGUCAGCCAAAGCAAUGCGUGGCAUUACAGUGGACUAUUUGAAAAACUUUGACCAUAACAAAGUCCACUCGCCCACAUAUCUUUCUCAAGGAUCCCCAUCUUUAGCCAACAAGGAUAUGGCCCUUUAGAUAUUAACUCUGGGUACACAUAAAAGUAUGUCAAAAA